AUGGAUGCAUCUCACACUCAUCUCCUUCAUUUACCAGAUGAAAUAUUAUUGAAUAUUUUCAAAAACCUAGGUAAUACUUCUGUUCUUUAUUCUUUACUUGGCAUUAAUAACAAACGACUGGAAAAUAUCAUCCGACAUAGAUCCUUUUCUAAUGAAUUGAAUAUUGCAUCGAUGACAAAAGAUAUUUCAAUAAUUCAUCCAAUACUUGAUCGAUUUUGUGAUUAUAUAAUACCUCANACUCAUCUCCUUCAUUUACCAGAUGAAAUAUUAUUGAAUAUUUUCAAAAACCUAGGUAAUACUUCUGUUCUUUAUUCUUUACUUGGCAUUAAUAACAAACGACUGGAAAAUAUCAUCCGACAUAGAUCCUUUUCUAAUGAAUUGAAUAUUGCAUCGAUGACAAAAGAUAUUUCAAUAAUUCAUCCAAUACUUGAUCGAUUUUGUGAUUAUAUAAUACCUCAAAUUUCUGUCAAUAUCAAGUGUCUCAUUCUUGAGCCACGGUAUAUGGAAGGUGUUUUGUUUGCCAUUCAUUAUCCGAAUUUAAGCGAAUUGAAAAUUGUACACUAUGACCACGAUCAAAUGUUAACUUCUUACAUAAAUAAUUUAUCGUUUCGACAUAUUUUAAAACAACAAAUUACAAAACUUGACUUGAUGUACAACUGUAAAACGAUUACACCAAGAUCACUGAAACUUAUUGCGAAAUCAGUUCAUGCACAAAUUUUGAUUGACGGCGAAAGGUUACAACAUUUGAGUGUUACUUCAUCUACAGGUUUGUUAUAUGCAAGCUUAGUACUUCGUUAUUUACCACCGACCAUCUUUACUUCUUCAACACUUACUUAUCUACGUAUUAAUGUACAAACUUUCACUGAUCUUCUCUAUCUACUUGAUGGUCGAUUCAAACAAUUGCAUACUUUAAUUGCCCACAUUUAUUCUAUGGAAACCGAUUCAUCAGUUGUAUAUAACACAGAUGAUUUACCUAAUCUGAAGUGUUUUUCAUUUGUAUAUUAUUAUGAAAGUCCACAAUAUUAUAACGUUUUACGUCAUCUUUGUCGUAUGAAAAACUUGGAAAAACUUACGUUAUAUAUACGCAUCGUCUUCGAAACUACAUUCAUAGAUCCCAUUGAUCUCAUCAAUCAAUUUUUAAUGAAUGCAUCCGAACUUCAGUCUUUUAAGUUUUAUCUUGGUACAAGAAGUAAAAGAACUGAUUUAAUUCAUUAUUUAUCUGAGAACGAUAUUAAACAAAAUUAUAUGAAAAACGUCAAAUGUCAAGAGAUAUCAAAUUUCGUUCAGUAUAAUGGUGAUUCAGGUAUCAACCAUAUGUUCACACUUCCUUUUCAAUUCGAAUAUCUUCAAGAUGUUGGAAAUAUAUUUCCAGAUAUUCUAUUCAGCAAUGUCGUUGAUUUAUGUGUAUGUGAUAAUACUCCAUUUGAACAUGAAUUUUUUCAACGAAUAAGUCGAAGUUUUCCAAAGCUUCGAGCACUUACUGUAGUCAACACGAAACCAUGGUUAUAUAAAACGGGAGUACCAUCUGAUAAUAUGAUUCCAUCAUAUGAAAUAGUCGAGUAUCCGCAUCUAAGUUUUCUUGAUAUUUCAACAGUAAGUAAUUAUUAUAUCGAAGAAUUUCUCAAUGAAACUAAAAUACGUUUAUCAUGUCUACUUGAAUUAAAAAUCGAUUAUGAAAGAUUAAGAGUAAUUACCAAAGAUUUUACACGAGAAAGCACACGACAUAAUUGUGCAAAUGUGCAACGAUUAAUUAUUUAUAGAGCAAUUGUUGGUUCGAAAGAUUAUUAUGAUUAUUUUCCUUUAUUGUAA